GGGCGCGGCGGUUACGGGGGCCGUCCCGUGCGAGACGCGGCUCGAUCUGCGCCGCGCGCUCGGCCGGGGGGGGGGGGGGGGGGGGGGGGGGGGACGCCGCUGGUGCGCGCGGCUCCGGGUACGGGCUCGCGGUGUGGGGAUUUUGGAUUUCCGCCGCGGGUGUUGCUUUGCUCCGGGUCCCGAGCUCGCGGGGCUGCGGUGUUGGAUCUGUGUCUCUUUUGCGGGGGCAAAGCCGCGGUUUCGGGCGGGGCUUGGAGAGCUUAACGGCCUUGCUGUUUCUCUUUUCGUCGCCGCAGAUUCGGCAGCCGUGCGCGGAAUGCCCGUGGAAGGAGGGGAGAGAGGGAGGGCGCAGGCGCAGCUGAGCUGAGCUGAGCCCGCGAGGUUCGCGGUCUGCGGUGCGGCGGCAGAGGUCUCGCCAGCGCGAUGGCCAGCGGCGGCUCCUCCAGGUACAGCUCGUACAAGGCGCCGGGGCUGCGCGGCGCGCUGCUGGAGGCGGCGCACGUGUCGUGCCUCGAGGACCGGUACGCGCUGGGCCCGCAGCUGGGGUGGGGCCAGUUCGGCGUGAUCCGGUCCUGCUCCGACCUGGUCACCGGCGAGGCGCUGGCCUGCAAGUCCAUCGCCAAGGGCCGGCUCGUGUCCCCCGACGACGUGCGCGGGGUCAGGCUGGAGAUCGACGUCAUGGCGCGCCUGGCGGGCCACCCCAACGUCGUGGGGCUCAAGGCCGUGUACGAGGACCGCGACUCGGUGCACCUCGUCAUGGAGCUCUGCGCCGGCGGCGAGCUCUUCCACCGCCUCCACGAGCGCGGCUGCUUCCCCGAGCGCGAGGCCGCCGCGCUCUUCCGCCACCUCAUGGAGGUCGUCGCGCACUGCCACGCCAAGGGGAUCGUGCACCGCGACCUCAAGCCCGAGAACAUCCUCCUCGUCAGCAGGUCGCCCCAGUCGCCGAUCAAACUCGCGGACUUUGGACUCGCCACCUACACCCAGCCUGGCCGAAGCUUGAGCGGCAUGGUAGGCAGCCCGUUCUACAUUGCGCCGGAGGUGCUCUCCGGCGGGUACAACGAGGCCGCCGACGUCUGGAGCGCGGGGGUCAUACUCUACAUCCUCCUCAGCGGCAUCCCGCCGUUUUGGGGCAAGACCAAGUCCAAGAUCUUCGACUGCAUCAGGUCCAUGGAGCUGCGGUUCCCUUCUGACCCAUGGGACAGGGUUUCUGAUUCCGCCAAGGAGCUCGUCACCGGGAUGCUGCGGCGCGACCCUAGGCUGCGGCUCACGGCCAAGCAGGUUCUAGAGCAUCCGUGGAUGCAGGAACACGCGGACCCACAAGACUCGUGCGGGCAGUGCCACGAGACCGGCCUCCAACGGGAGGGCGCCGGCUCGUGCUCCUUCUCCACGCCGUUGGCGUCGCGGAGCAGGGACGUGAGCUUUGACACGCGUGGCCCCAUCGCGUGGAGGGGUGGGGGCGAGGACGAGGCGACCUGCUGCUCGCCCACGUUCGCCGCCGUCUGCAGGUCGUCGUUCUCGGCGUUCAUCACCGACCCGGCCCCGCCGCCCUGCUCGGCCUCCUCCGCCUUGGGUGGCUCUGGCUUCUCGUUCGGUGAGCCCUGCGAACCACUUGACGGAGGAGGAGGAGGAGGGUUCCCGAUGCCCAUGGCUUCCAUGCCGAGCUUCUCGUUCUUCUGCGCGCGGGACAGCAGCGAGCCAGCUGAGCCACAGCCGGUCGCUGCCUCCUCGACUCCGAGGACGGCGAGGGGAUCCACGCCACGGGGCGUCAACGGCAGGCGGAACCACACGAUCGGCGGCGGCGGGCGGGAGCACCUGGACGUGGCGGUGGAGUCUGUCAUCCGCUGGGCGUCGUGCACCAACUUCUCCACGGCGCCCUCACUUCGGGCCUCCCUCGUAUGCUAGCACUAGCAACGUCGUUCCGCGCGCCGGCGCCGCCAACGCCGGGCUGAGGGUGAGGAGGAGAAUUCCGACGAGACGAGCGGUAGAGAGUGUGCAGUAGCCUCGAAUUGUAUAAUAUAUAUACAGACACAGUGCUGUUAUAGUGGUGAUGAUAGAUUAGAGAGUGAAGGUGAAGUUGCUACGGAGGGAUGGAUGCAUGGAGAUGGAGAGCGAGUGGCAGAGCUGGAACUGAUGUGUUUUAUUCUUCGCUGUCACGCUGCUGGUCAGAUAAGAUUUGGGAACGCUGCUGGUCAGAUAAGAUUUGGGAACACACCUGGCGACGGAGAGAGAAGGCGUCUGAUAAUUUGAUAUGAACAAGAAGCAACAAUGUUCAGGAUGCAUGGCCAGGCCACACAUAAAAGGACUGUUUCAGUUUGUGUGUCA